CCCUCGACGCUCCGUGAAUGCAGUGAGUGUUCUCCGUACCUUCUCCUUGGCUCUGUGGCACGACCGUAGUCUCGAAAUGGGUAGUAAUAUUACUGCGAUACUUUCACCACCACCAGCACCAAGAUCCACUUUGGAAACGAGGCCCACUGAUGCCUCCACCGCGCCCGCCACAGUUGCCACUCCAUUCCCACCAGACCAUGCUUGCUCACUAUGGCGUUCACGGGUUGGCUCUGCGCUGCGCACAGCCCUAGCAUUGACCAUGAUUGGCGUCGCGACGGUUUAUGGCCCGGCAACCCUUCGGAGUUACGUGAUGUUCCCUGCUUUCUCUUACGUGGUCGCCAUGCUGAUCGUUGGGGAGGCGACGUUAGGGGAUUCGCUGCACGGCACGGCGAGUGCAUUCUACGGGACGCUUCUUGGCGUCCUCCCUGCUAUGUUGACCUUGCUGCUACUACCAGCCCAAGGCUUCUCGAUCGCCGGUACCACCUUAACGGUGAGCCUUAGUGCCUUCGUGGUUGCACUGCCUGAGUCGACGAGCUUGAUCACCAAGCGCAUUGCUCUUGGACAAAUAGUGAUCAUCUACGUCACCACAUUUGGACACAACGCCCAUUCUGGUCACGCCAAGGCCAUCUUACAUCUUGCACAGGUAGCAGCGAGCACGGCUCUCGGAGUGGUGGCUUCGGUGAUCGCCUUGCUGUUUCCUUAUCCCCGGCUAGCAAGCUGUGAGAUAAGCAAGAAGAGCAAGCUAUACAGGGAGAUGGUGACUGUGAGGCUAAGUCUCUUAGUGAACGCUUUCUUUGUGGAUAACAAGUCUUGCACGGUUUCACUGAUUUCUCAAGUGAGAUGCUUAACAUCUGCAAGCACCAAAGUACUUCAGAACAUUAAUCUCAAGCAAGCAGCCCUCAAGUGGGAGAGGCCACCUCUCAGUUUCUCCUCAACACCACCGGUAGAGCCAUCAGAACGGUUGCAGGAGAUAGAAACACCCUUGAAGGGGAUGGAGAUGGCUAUAUCGUCCGUCACAGCAGUCCAUUUUUCAGAUCACCAGUUUAAGCGCGACAUGAUAAGCCUAAGAAAUCUCAUAAAUCUUAGACUGAUACAAGAUAGCUACAUGGACCCAUGUGAGAUUGUAGAUAAGACGACCCUUCCUCCGCUGCCCACUUUGCCUCAUGAUCCCAAAGACCUUCCUUCUUUCUUCUUCCUCUUUUGUAUGUUCCUCCUCCAUAACCGCUCGCUUGCCCCACUGUUCGUGGAAGCUGGACAAGAGAGUAAGAUCAUGCCAACAACUGAUCAGACUGAGAAUUCGUGCAAAGAAGAGCCUGGCACAAAAAGGAUUAAGAUACCUUGGUAUACAAGCUUACGUCGUGAAAGGCUUGUAGUGGCAUUGAAAUGCUCGCUCUCAUUAGGUCUCGCUGUGUUAUUUGGACUUGUUUACAGCAAAGAAAAUGGCUUCUGGUCUGGUCUGACAGUUGCCAUCACGAUGACUCCAUGGCGAGAGGCUACAUUCAGGUUGGCAAAUGUAAGGGCGCAAGGAACGGCUAUAGGAUCUGUCUACGGAGUCCUGGGAUCGUUGAUUUCGCAGAAUCUUAUGGAACUCAGGUUCUUAGUCCUCCUUCCAUGGAUCACAUUUGCUAGCUUCCUGCAACGUAGCCGCAUGUAUGGGCCGGCUGGAGGGAUCGCUGCCAUGUUCUCUGCGUUAGUAAUAUUGGGGAGGAGAAACUACGGUUCGCCUACUGCCUUUGCCAUCGCCAGGCUAACGGAGACCUUCAUUGGUUUCUCGUGCUCGGCCUUUGUGGAACUCCUCCUACAACCCGUUAGGGCGUCAACUCUGGCAAGAGAACAACUCUCCCAAAGCCUUAAAAUGCUUAACGAGUGUGUUGAGUCACUAGUUCCAUGCAUAGGUUCUAUGGCACCGAAGGAGAAAGAGAAGAAGCUAAGAGUCAAAGUGACUGCACUGAGGAAGUACGUCCAAGAGGCUGAAGCCGAGCCAAACUUCUGGUUCUUGCCUUUCCCAGUUGCUUGUUACAAGAAACUCUGUGCCUCCAUGACUAAGAUGGUGGACCUACUGCACUUUCUGGCGAAGAGCACCGUGCUCUUGACUGAAUACUCGCAUGGGCUUGCAGACGUUUGUGAUGAUAUCCCGGACAGUAUCGUCGGAGAGCAUUUGGUGCAUCUCAAGAAGCUAAUUUGUUCAUCCGCGAAGUGCUUUGCUGAGGCACUUCUAGUGAAAUCAUUUGCAAGACUAGAAAAAGAGUGGAAAAGGAAACACAUACCUGAUGUUGAGACAGGAAAAGUAGAGGGACCCUACGUUGAUGGGGUCAUGGGAGCUGAUGGAGAGGACUGUCAGAAGGUAAUUGCGUCUUUCCUUCAGCAGGCAAAUGAACUAAUGGACAGGCUUGAUAUGAGUAUAGAUGAGAGCCUGAAGGGUCAAUUAGUACUGUGCCUGGCCACGGUUGGCUUUUGCAUGGAGGGCUUGAUGAAAGAGACGAGGGAACUGGAGAUGCAGAUACUGGAACUUGUGCAGAGGGAUAAUCCUGGCGCCCACAUAAAUCUUUAUGCAAUCCGCUGUAAAGUGAAAGAGAUAUCGACCUAAAAGCUUUGCUCACAAUUAACUCCCAAAAGUGUGUAACUUGAUGCUAUUAUUGCCACUUACAUUUAACAAGAAAUAUAUAUUGCUCGGUUUGA